UGAAUCAAGUAUGAAUGGCAUCCAUCGACCAAUCACAUUUUGUCAGACGGCAAAUGACAGAUCCGUUAAAAAUGGCCACUCUGCUCAGCGAUCCUUCGUGACGUUUGAAAUUUCAAGAAGAUACACGCUGCUACACACGAUUGGGCGUGAGCAUGGACGAGCCAAGAACUUUGGAAGAACGAUGUGAAGACGCGGUAUUUGUAGUAAGCGACGUCAGGGAACGCUACCCCGCACGAUGCGCAGACGAGCUAGCCAAAUACCUGCUUUUGAAAAAUGACAUUGCUCUGAGACCCAUUUUAGUAAAACCGAUGCCUCAACUCCCUGAAGUACAACAAGUGAUAGACGUGGAAACGCAGACAGAGAUACGGGAAACUUUCAAGAGCAGCAAAACUCAAGAACAGUGGAAUAAUAUAAUCCACAAUAUUCAUGAACUGAAAAUAGUCACUCAACAAUUGGAGGAUAAUAAGAAUUUUGGAAUAAAGUAUCAGUUAUCAUAACUUGA